GUGUUAAGUCCAUGUUAUCAUGUUAUUCUUGAAUGUUAUCUUCGUUUGUGGUUAUAAUAAAUAAUUUGUAAAUCACCGUAUACUUAUAGUUUCAAAUUAUUUAAAUAAUUUGAAAUAACCAGGAAAAGAAAUUCUAAUGAUUGAAAACAAUAUGGAUUAUACCGAAGUUCAGUAUAGGCUAGCUACACUAAAGGAAUUUGAACAUAAUUUAAAUGACCGAUUAGAUAAACUAACAAAUUUUGUUGAUAUAAUUGGAUGGUCAUGGGAUGAAAUACCCGAGAUUAAUGACUCAAUGGUGGAAUGCCCUUUAAUUAAAGAACAUAAAAUACAUCCAUCUAAAUUUGAUGUUCAUUAUGAAGUAUGCAAACUAAAACGUCAAGGUUAUGACAAAUCAAUUAAAUUGUACCCAGAACUUGGUUGUUAUAAUUUAUUCAAUCAAACUCUUCGCUUUGAUGACCACAUGCAAUUGGAAGUUAUUAAAAAAUGUCAUCUUGAGUCUAAUUUUUCUUUAAACAUUAAGUCAGACUUUAGGGGUGUCUCUCAGAGUAUACAACAAUAUGUGUGUGAUUUUACUCCAGAUGAACGUAGAAUUUUGUAUAAUCAUGCUGUAAGUAGUACAAAAAAGCCUAGUAAUGAAGGUGCAUGUAGUGUUUUAAUUGAAUCUGAUAAAUUUAUCAAGGCAAACAAUGAAGAAUUGAAGUCUGAACUUGAAUUAUUACAAGAACAAAGGGACGCCAAACGGCGAAGAAUAGCUUAUCGAGGAAAAAGAGUUCACACUGAUCGUAAAUCAUAUAUUGAGGUUUUGAGAGAAGUCAUAGAAGGGCAAAUAAAUAGUUUGACUACUAAUUCUGAUGAUCAAAAAAAUGUUCAUGAAAAUGUUCAGAGUACUAAUGUCAAACUAGUUAACAAUAAUCGUGUUUACUAUAAAUUUGAAGGAAGUCGUCAUUUUUCUGGGAAUCCUUAUACACGUUGGAUGAAUAUUGAAAAAGAAGAAUCAACUUUUUUUAAAUAUAUACAAAGAAAAAGUUAUACUAUUACUUCUACUUCUUCUUCUAGAUUUCAUUCAAAGGAUAAAGCAGAUAAUCACACAUCAUCCCAACUUAGGAAGUCAAGAAGUAGAUCAAUUGGAAAAAAUAAUAGACAUGAUGUAUCUAAAGAUAAAUAUAAUUUAGAAAAAUCAAAAAAAAAAUCUAAAAGUCCAAAACACAAACAUAAAAAAAAAUCAAAAAGCUCUAAGAGUCAUAAAAAAUCACAUAGAUCUCGUUCUAAAUCUCACAAAAACAACUCUAGACGCUAUAAAUCAAGAUCUAAAUCUAGGUCUCCCAAGUCUAGGUCUAGAUCAUAAGUGUAAUUUGACAAUAUCUAACUAAACAAAUUGGUGAUUCAAUAAUGAAAAAUACCGCUUGAAAAUUAAUCCGUAAGUACAAACUUAUCCAUCAAAAUUUGUAAGUGUAAAUUUCGCGAUCAUAAAAUAUUUUUAAAACGUGUAAUUUAUCAAAAUAAGUUAACUCCAAAUGUAUUUAUAUGUUUACUGAAAUCUAUUGUUAAUUUUACAAUAAAAAUAAAAUAAUCGUUUUUUUUAAUA